AUGAAACACAUCAGUUUGACAUUACUGUUGUUGCUGCUGUUGGCGCAUAGUUUUGCCAGUCCAGUGGCACAACGCACACGCGCAAAUGCAAAAGUUUUGCGGUAUCCACACACAGCUCGUCAACUGGCGCCAUAUCCAGCUACAGGCUAUAGGCCGCAAGUGCCGUUUACACUACCAACCGACCAGACAGCCGAAAAGCCAGCAGAAGCAGUGACCUCGGCGACGGCCACACAGCUGGAGGAAGUAGAUGCAGCAGAAGCAGACGAAGAUUUGGCCGAAGAUGUGGAUCCGAUCGCGGCAGAUGCGGCCGAGGACGACACUGAGCUUCAGCCGGAGCCGGAGGCAAGAGUGAGCGGCAAAGACGAUGAAGAGCAGGAUGAGAACGCAGACAUUAUACCCGAAAGAGCAACUGGUCCUACACCAAGUAAACGCUAUUGGUUCUUCCGAAAGUGA